GUUUGUGAUAAGCUAAUAUCCGGUGUGUAAGUUCUGUCAGAAGCUGGGGCUUCCAUUUCUCGAUUAAAUGUCUCCUUUGUCCAGGGCACCCUAAAGGCUGGCGGGUACAGGGGUCAUCUUGAAGGCCACUCAAGGUGCUUCUUGAAAACAUCCCAUGUGCUCACUGAUGAUGGACAAGGACAGGGAUCAUGUGGCUAAGAGGAUAUUAAAGCUUACCUUGGAGAUCAUCUAUCUGUUGACCGGUGAGGAGUAUGGGCCUGUAAAGAAGAUGGGAGAGUAUACAUCACUUAAGUCCAUCAUGGAUCUUCAGUUCCCAUCAUGGGCACUUGAGGAGGAGCAGAAAGAUGAGAAGAUCCUAGAUCUCACCAAUAAGAUAAUUCGGCUGCUGACUGGAAAGGUUCCAAUAACAUAUGAGGACAUCAUGGUUAGUUUCACCAUGGAGGAGUGGGAGUAUGUAGAAGGACACAAGGAUCUCUACAAGGACAUCAUAAUGCAAGAUCCUCAAUCUUUCCUGUCUCCUGUGGACAUCGUGACGUGUGCGGAGACUGAUUCUUCUGUAGCACUGAAAACUGUUCUUCCAUGCACGAGUAUUGAUUACAGUGAUUGCCCUGCCAUAGACGAUGGAUCAAUGAACACAAGUAUCUCAGAUGGAUAUGAGAGUCCUUCGUAUUCACUGGAUUGUACAGAGGAGGACUUUGAAAUAUCACAAGAUGGCAAUGAAAAAUACAGCAAUCUACAAUCAAACCAAGAAGAUGAUGAAGGCGAUAAGAUGGAAAAUGAGAAAGAUGAAAAUGACCCAGUGUCACAACAGGAUAUGGAGGAGGAUAACUAUAUCUCAGAUGAUAGCAGAGCGGAUGAGACAGUCUCUCAUGACUGGAAACUGGAAGCUGAUUAUAUCUCAAAGGACUGUAAACAGGAAAUGGAAGACCUGGCUAAGGACUGUAAACAGGAAAUGGAGGAUCCACCAAAGGACUGUAAACGGGAAAUGGAGGAUCUGCCAAAGGACUGUAAACAGGAAAUGGAGGAUCUGCCAAAGGACUGUAAACAGGAAACGGAGGAUCUGCCAAAGGACUGUAAACAGGAAAUUGAGGAUCCGCCAAAGGACUGUAAACAGGAAGAAGCCAAAAAAUUAAAGGAUUGUAAAUAUGAAGAUGAUGGAGUUGAACGGUGCUAUGAGGACGAUCUGCUAAAAGAUGUGAAAAUUGAGGUUGUAUCCGAUAAUGAAUGGGAGGAAGAGAUGUCUUUCUGGGGUGAACAAGGAAGACACAUAUUUGAUGAGGAAAUUCCUGAAGACUUCAGUUCAGAUAUAUACAAUAACAGAAUGACUGUAGAGAGGUGCCCACGUGCAUUUUAUCCACACUGUAAAAAAGGAGAUGGCGGUGUAUCUCAAGAUUAUCAGCCACCAAUUCCGCCUGGAGAAAUCGCAAGUAACAGCAAUCCACAAGCUAUGCCGAAUUGUCACGUCAGUAACAGAACAGCAACACUAAAUAACAUUAAUGCAAAAAAUUGUGUUAGAACUUUUCCUCCUACUCAUCAAAUUGAACGGAUGCCACAGGUUAGCUUACCUGCCACCCAAGACCAUGCCCAAAUGGGACAGCAACAAAAAAAUAUAAACACCGCCAGGAAAACUACCUCAGAUAUUCAAACACUGCAAAACUUUAUGAGCGAAAUGAAUGAAAAUAGGAAAGUUGAAGAAAUACCUCACACGGAGCUGGACACUCUACUCUCAAAGUUUAUUCUGCUGGUAAAGCGCAAAGAUGGCAAUGAGUAUGAGCCCCACACCCUGCGCUGCAUGGUGGGAAGUAUUGACCGCUUCUUGAAGGAACACAGCUACCACCACACAAUCAUUUUUGGGAACAGCAAAGACUUUCCACUUACAAAACAGUCGCUAAAUGCGAAAAUCAAAUUCCUCAAAAAAGUCGCUGAAAGCAACCCACCAAUCAGGCCGGAAGCAUUAACGGAUGAUGAUAUUGAGAACCUCUACAAGGCUGGGACGCUGUCCUUAGAUAAUCCAACAAGCUUACUGAACUUGGUGUUCUUCAAUAACGGUAUUCACUUUGCAUUACGAACAAAGGAACAGUACAGCCUCCAGUGGGGCGAUAUCAAGUUAAAAAUUGACCCAAGGGGGAAUCAAUACUUAGAAUAUUCCGAUCGACAAAGCGAAGCGUUAGAAAAUCGUAAGAACAUAAGGCAAAUGAAGCCCAGGAUAUACGCAAUGCCACAUGUACCAGACAGAGACCCAGUAACGGCAUACUUAAAAUAUCAAAGCUUCAGGCCUAGUGCCAUGAUGGCACCAGACUCUCCGUUUUAUUUGGCCCCAAAUGUGAACUACAAUCCAGCGUUCGCGGAAUGGUACCGAUCGACAAAAAUAGGAAUACAAAAAAUUAGAGCCAUGAUGACCACUAUGAAGAUAAGGGCUUCAUUGCCAGAAUCGAAAAGGAAAGUUAGCUACAUAACAAAAAGGAGACUAGUGGAAAGGCUGCCACAGCACACGCUAGCUGCCUCGGGGGCAAUGGUGCCAACAGCCCAGCAACAUCAUUUACAGAGCUUCGCCAGCAAGUCCACUGACAUGGAGAUGAAGCAGCGCAAGUCAGGAAUUAUUAUAAAUAAUUUACACACAACCUUGGCACGCCCGUCACAAGAAAGACUACCCACUACCAGCAGCACCCAACCCCACCCUUCAACCAGCAGAUAUGGGGAACUACCUAUUCACAAAAGAAGCUUCUUGGCAACAGACUUUGCCCAACAGCGUAACUCAAACAUGUUUCUAAACAGCUACCGGUACCUGACUUCAGAGGAACCUGCAAAAAAACACAAGCCUGUUUAUGACUUUAAAACAGAAUAAAGUCCCUUCUAUUGUACUGUAAUGCAAGCCGCCGGCACACCCAACCUUCAAAAGGCACUUUUUGAAAAAGUUACCUGGACUUAAGUUGACUUUUCUAUUUUUAGUCUUUACUUGUUUUUACUUACUCUCUUUAAGCUUAUAUUUAUUCAACUUUUUAACUAAGUUGUUCAGUGUUUAUUUAAAAGAAAUUUGAUUAUUUCUACACAUUUUUCUGAGUUUUUAUUUAAUGUAAUUUAAAAUUGCUAAUUUUGUUCUUGCAUUUAUAAUGCUCUUUUUUUCAUUGUAAUGCGAGUUGAUAAAAGAAAUUUAAGAAUCUAUUUUUUUUGUCCCA